AUGGGCUUUAACCCCCGGGUCACCCGUCAGGAGCGCUUUGUCAAGGCACAGCACUUACGCCAUGGAGAGACCAGGAAGAGAGGAAGCGGGAAGAGGGAAGAGGGAACAGGAAGCAAGGAAGCGAGAAAGCAGGAAGCGCGAAAGCAGGAAGAGAGGGAGGAGGAAGAGGGGAAGCAGAAAGAGAGGGAGGAGGAAGAGAGGAAGCAGGAGGAGAGGAAGCAGGAGGAGAGGAAGCAGGAAGAGAGGGAGUAGGAAGAGAGGAAGCAGGAGAAGAGGAAGCAGGAAGAGAGGAAACAGGAACAGGAAGAGAGGGAGCAGGAGGAGAGGAAACAGGAGGAGAGGAAGCAGGAGGAGAGGAAGCAGGAGAAGAGGAAGCAGGAAGAGAGAAAGCAGGAAGAGAGGAAGCUGGAGGAGGAAGCAGGAAGAGAGGGAGUAGAAAGAGAGGAAAUAGGAAGUGAGGAAACAGGAAACAGGAACAGAGGAAGCAGGAGGAGAGGAAGCAGGAAGAGAGGGAGUAUGAAGCGAGGAAACAGGAAGCAGGAAGAGAGGGGGCAGGAAGAGAGGAAACAGGAGGAGAGGAAGCAGGAGGAGAGGAAGCAGGAAAUGAGGAAGCAGGAACAGGAAGAGAGAAAGCAGGAAGAGAGGAAGCUGGAGGAGGAAGAACAGAGGAAGCAGGAGGAGAGGAAGCAGGAAGAGAGGGAGGAGGAAGAGGAGAAGCAGAAAGAGAGGGAGGAGGAAGAGGAGAAGCAGAAAGAGAGGGAGGAGGAAGAGAGGAAGCAGGAGGAGAGGGAGGAGGAAGAGGGGAAAGAGGGAGCAGGAAGAGAGGAAACAGGAGGAGAGGAAGCAGGAGGAGAGGAAGCAGGAAGAGAGGGAGUAGGAAGAGAGGAAGCAGGAGAAGAGGAAGCAGGAAGAGAGGGAGCAGGAGGAGAGGAAGCAGAAAGAGAGGAAAUAGGAAGAGAGGAAACAGGAAGCAGGAAGAGAUGGAGCAGGAGGAGAGGAAGCAGGAGGAGAGGAAGCAGGAAGAGUAAGCAGGAAGAAAGAAAGCAGGAAGAGAGGAAGCUGGAGGAGGAAGCAGGAAGAGAGGGAGUAGAAAGAGAGGGAAUAGGAAGAAGAGAGGGGGCAGGAAGAGAGGAAACAGGAGGAGAGGAAGCAGGAGGAGAGGAAGCAGGAGGAGAGGAAGCAGGAAGAGGAAGCAGGAAGAGAGGGAGAAGCAGCAAGAGAGGGAGCAGGAAGAGAGAAAACAGGAGGAGAGGAAGCAGGAAGAGGAAGCAGGAAGAGAGAAAGCAGGAAGAGAGGAAACAGGAGGAGAGGAAGCAGGAAGAGGAAGCAGGAAGACAGGAAGCAGGAGGAGAGGAAGCAGGAAGAGAGGGAGUAGGAAGAGAGGAAAUGGGAAGUGAGGAAACAGGAAGCAGGAAGAGAGGGAGCAGGAAGAGAGGAAACAGGAGGAGAGGAAGCAGGAAGAGGAAUCAGGAAGAGAGAAAGCAGGAAGAGAGGAAGCAGGAAGAGAGGAAGCUGGGGGAGGAAGCAGGAAGAGAGGAAGCAGAAAGAGAGGAAGCAGAAAGAGAGGAAAUAGGAAGCAGGAAGAGAGGAAGCAGGAAGAGAGGAAGCAGGAAGAGAGGAAAUAGGAAGCAGGAAGAGAGGAAGCAGGAGUAG